UCCUCUUCAGGGCUUUCUCAAGUGCGUGAGGAUAGGACGAGAGGCAACUUACAACCUAGAGUUCAGGCUGCUAGAUCUUCCAGAUUCGUUCAGACCAUCAAUCGGUCUCCACAUAUCAAAUUCCACAUCUAGCGGUUGGAGGGUCAGCUCAUUCACGGAUUUGCGCACAUCCAAAGAGGUCACCGCCAGCGUUAAGCGUUUCUCAGCCACAAACGCGCGCCACACCACCUUUUUGGACAAAUUCAUUUAACUGCGGGUCCUGGCCCUGUUCCUCCUCAGCCCUCCUGGACUAACUUCAUACGACAUCGCCUCCCCACCUCGUCUCAGCCCCGCCCAGCCCAGUGCUCAAGUGCAUCAGCGACGACAGAUCCGUCAUGCCAAAACUCACGUACACUUCAACAUCACCCGCAAGUUUCGUUGGUAAGAGCUGGAGUCAACUUCAACGCCUAGCUUCCGAGGAACUUGUUCAAUCUUAAGAACGAUGACGCAUCCCAUAGCCGCAAUACAGGCAGCGGCUAUGCCUGAGCUCAGCGAUUCUACAACCGAAGGUCCGAAAAUCAAUGUGUUAUACGUCGCUCCAGGGCAUGAAAUUAUCAGUCCUGAUCAGGUCGAGAUGUCCAAGUUAGAGACCGUAGCUAUAGGUGCAGGCACGCAGCUCGCGAGAAUCUCAACUUCGAUGCUCGUCAAAUACGGUACUCAUGCGUCCCUCAUCGAAGCAAAAACACUACGUUUCGUGAGUGAGCAUACAUCCAUACCGGUUCCAAAGCUCUAUGCUGCAUACGCAUAUGGCCCAUUAGACCGAGAUAUUGAUGAUGCUGGAAGUCUUUAUGACACGUACAUUUUUAUGGAGUUUAUUGAGGGCGACACCUUGGAGAAAUCAUGGAAUAAUUACGAUAGCACAGCCAAACUGCAAAUUGCAGCGGAUCUAAAAGAGUAUAUCGAACAGCUUCGAUCACUUCUGAAUGCCAAUUACAUUGGCUCAGUAGAUCGCGGGCCAGUCACAGAUGUAAUAUUAGAGUGGUCAACAAGUGAUAAAGGCCCUUUCGACAACGAAAAGGAUUUCAACGCUGCAAUUUUCAAGGCGAUUGUGUCGAAUUCGAAAGGCCACAUUGGUCCUUACAUCCGAGGCAUGCUCAAUAUGCACCAACAUGAGACGGUAUUCACCCACGGAGACUUCAGACCUGCUAACAUCAUCGUGAGAGAUGGGCGGGUGGUGGCAAUCCUUGACUGGGAGAUGGCAGGGUGGUAUCCGGAGUAUUGGGAAUUUGCGAAGGCCCUCUAUUUAGAGCAUUUUGCCACUGAUUGGGGAACACAUCUCCUUGAUAUUCUGAGGCCAUAUUACUUCGAGCAAGGCAUGUAUUCAAGGCUAAUGGCUAUAUUGCUUUGACUAUUUACAAUACCACAAUAUGACUCUCAGAUUCUGCUAACGUUCAGCCCUUAUAUUGCGCGACACGACAAAUCGACAUGAAAUCAAAAAAACAAACAACCAAAAACUGCAUUUCCAGCCCUUUCGGGAGCGAUUGCCGAGACGUAUUCGAUAAGGAAGCGAUGAAAGUUAGGCGUUCGUGCUACUGCCUUGAAGAGCGGUUUUGGUUUCAUUUAAAACUUCGACCACCCACUCCGCACAGUCUCUAACUGGAGGGUUCGGGUUGCGCUCAGUGAGCGCACGGGGAUCAUGAGGAGGAGGUCGGCUUUGGGCGAUUCGUUCGAAGUCUGCGAGUCGAGACUUUGGGAUUUGGAACUGAUAAGAUGACUUCUGGUACGAUCGACUAGCACCAAAGUUGUAUCCGGGUCGACACUCAUAAUCCAUUCCCAUACCCACAGUGCCUUUAACAUGGUAGAACCGACCAGCCGUCUGGUUUGGGAAUUGUGAUGGUACAAGGGCAAUUCCUUCAUGAGAUGGACCAGUGGCUUGAUUGAAAUAAAUUAUGUACACGUUGUAGUGUACGGUCGGCCCUGAUGUCGAGUUGGAAGCCAUUUCAGCUAUUAACGGUUGAUUAAUUGUAUGUAAACAAAAUUCUUGCACUAAGUAUCAGAGAAAAAGAUAGAACUCAGAAGGAUUGGAGACGGCUUUAGCUGAAAUGGAGAAGAUAUGAGUAUGGAAACAAUGCUUUCCAAAAUAGUUGUUUGUUUAAAAUAGCACUUAUGGGAACUGUAAAGCGUAAGCCUAAGGUCUCACGGGAGUCCAGGGAACCAGGUCAGGAGGCAGGAAGGUAUCGUAUUCUGUAAGCACAAUAGGUCUACGUAGAU